AUGCAUCCAUCUAGAGCUGCAUACGUGGAAGAAGUCAAGGUUGAAUCUAAUGGAUUUAACCAAUCAAAAGUACCUCUUAAUCACGCUUCAUCCGUUAAUAGCACAGGUAUCGCUCCAGAGCGUGCAUCUGCUAUUCUAUCUCAAUUUGACCGGAAAAGGCGAGCUGCACAAAUAUCUGUGCCGACUGACGAUGGACGGGUACGCGCGCGACUUCAAGAGAUGGGUGAGCCCGUCACGCUUUUUGGUGAAGGACCAGGCGAUCGAAGAGAUAGACUCAGGCAGCUUCUUGCUAUUGAAGCCGAAAUAAGUGCUGCAGAGAAUGACGACGGGGACGUAAGGAUGGAGGAUUCAAAUCAUCAGAAUGAGAAUGAACAGGAAGAAUUCUACACCAAAGGUAUACCAGAGCUUUUAGAGGCUAGAAAAUACAUUGCCAAGUAUUCACUCCCUAAAGCCAAAUCUAGGCUGUUAACCCAAAAGCUUGAGUCUGGAAUACCAUUGAGGACGCACGUCAAAUUUCGGAAAGGGGUCAAAGAGCGCCUCCAUGGUAUGGAACUCUACGGAAGUCAAAUGGCAGGUGAAAGACCGAUCAGUAUAACUAGGAUAGCGCCAAAUGGAGAGAUUAUUGCUGCUGGAAACUGGGGAGGUGGGAUAAAGCUUCUGAAUAUCCCUUCAAUGUCGGAAAUAAGGACCUUGCGUGGACAUACGGAUCGUAUUGGGGGUAUCAGCUGGUUUCCUGACGCUACAUUGCCUGAUAAAGGCGUCACUCCUAGCACCGUUAACAUCGCCUCUGGAGGUGCGGAAGGAAAUGUUCAUCUUUGGUCACUUGAGAGCGAUACACCCAUUUCAACUUUAAUGGGUCAUAAUCAACGAGUAUGCAGGGUAGAGUUUCACCCAUCCGGUCGAUAUCUAGCAUCUGCGUCUGAAGAUACGACUUGGCGCUUAUGGGAUGUAGACACCACAACAGAGCUACUCCUACAAGAAGGACAUUCAAGAGGUGUCUUUGCACUUUCUUUUAAUUCUGAUGGAUCUCUAUUAGCCAGUGCUGGAAUGGACAGUAUAGGCCGGAUAUGGGACCUCCGUACAGGACGCACCGUCAUGAUUCUGGAAGGACAUAUUCGACCAAUUUAUGCUCUAGACUGGGGUGUAGACGGCCAUCGGAUUCUCUCUGGAUCCGGUGAUGGAUGGAUAAAGUGUUGGGAUGUACGAAAGGUUCAGCCAUCUGGAGGUAUUGGUGCUCAUAAGAGUGUGGUAUCAGAUUUACGAUGGUUCAAAGGCGCUGACGACCCUACCCUCGGUUUCGCGCCUGAAGUUGACGAGCAGGGAGCUCUUAGACCGAAGAAGUCAGGAACUUUCUUUGUAUCUUCUGGAUUUGACAAGAGUAUUAAUGUAUUUUCUGCUGAUGAUUGGUCACUAAUUCAGAGUUUAAAAGGCCAUACAGGGAACGUGCACAGCGUCGAUGUAAGUAGAGAUUCUAGAUGGAUUGUGAGUGGUGGAUACGAUAGAACCGUGAAACUCUGGGGUCUACCUGACGGUGGAGGCCUGUAA